AUGGCAGUAAGCUGUAAUCUCCACGUUGCCGGCCUUCCCGAUACAGCGGAUGAGGAUACCGUGAGGCAGCUGUUCGCAGCAUACGGCACCGUGGAGUCGGUCAAGGUGAUACCACGAAAAGGGAGUGCACCGACCUAUGGCUUCGUGAAGUAUCAGAGCCCAGAGAUGGCCAGAUAUGCCGUCGAUGGUCUCACUGGCUACCAGAUCGACGGAAACACGUUGACCUUGCGCCUGACGAGCAAUGAGCCAUUAGAGGCUUACAAAGGCGGCGGAGGCGCUCCCGCCAACGCCGGGCCUUACCCUGGAAAUGCCGGGCCUCACGGCAAGGGAGGACAGGGACCACCAGUACCACCGGUGGCUGGCCAGUGCAAUGUUUACGUCGCGGGCAUACCAGAAGCCUGCUCUGAACCAGAGUUCAGGGACUUCUUUUCCCGCUUUGGCGCGGUCACGUCGACAAAGCUGUCAGAUCAGACAAAAAAUGGCACUCGAUAUGGCUUUGUGAACUUCACGACUUCGGAGGAGGCUUCCAAAGCGAUACAAGCCACCAACAACUACCAGCUUGGGCAGUGCGUGCUCACGGUCCGGUUUGCAAACAACACGAAAGGACACGGCAAAGGCAAGGAAGGCCCCUUGGGCGGUCCUGGCCAUGGCGGCCCUGGAGGAAUGGCACCUGCAGGCGGAGGAUACCCAGACGAUUGGCCAAAAUAUCCUCCUUCUGACACGAUGGUGGUGCAGGGCUUGUCUGCAACUCUGACAGAAGACAACAUAAAGACAGUCUUCACCAAUUAUGGGCAGGUUCAUCAAGUGAGGAUCUUGGAGCAGUUCGAGGGACUCCUGUCAGUUGAAAUAAAGAUGAAAAAUGUUGAGCAAGCGGAGUGGGUCGUGGGCAAGCUUGACGGAAACAUCCCCCAUACGUUGGAAACCCCUGUGGCGGUGUUCUUUGCGCCUCCAAAUGGAGCACAAGUUCGGCCGCUCGCAACCAGGUUCACAACGCAUGGUGGCAUGAAGGCUGCGUCCCUGCCCAAAAGCCCAGCCACGCCGGAAUUCCAGAAAGCGGUCAGUGACACCAUCGCCUCAGUGAAGGGCUACAAGCCGGUCACUGAGCUGGGCGAUCAGCCUGACCCAAGUUAUUUGAUCAUCAGGGGCUUGUCCCCUGACAUUGAUGAGCUGUAUUUAUACUAUGCUCCUCGGCAGUGGUUACGUGUUCGCUCCUUUCGGCUACUGCCCCAGAAGGUUGCUGGCGCCAUCCAAAGCGUACAGGUUCUCAAGGACGACUCGAGCGGCGCAUGCACUGGUACGGCCUAUGUGAAGUUCGGUGUGGCAGAGGAUGCACUUCUAGCCAUACAAACUAUCUGCGGCAAUCCACUUCCUGACGGUUCGACCAUCGGCGUGUUCGUCAAGCCCGGGGCAGGACGCCACUUGCACCUGCGGACAAGCACUGCGUCGAUAAGGUCACGUCGAGCCAGAAUGCUGAGUAUCAAUUUGAAGCACAUGCUCAGGAGGUGCGGCAUGAGCGUGGCUUCCCAACCAGCUGCCGAUGCUUCGCAGAGCGACCCCCCACGCGUCGACGAAACUGAUGCACAAGGGCUGCAAGGCUUCCAGGAUGAAGCGCCAAGCGACACAGCAGUACUGAACGGAACGUCAUUGAACUCUUGCUCACACUUCUUCAUCUUCUUCGUCAUGUUUAAAUUUUCCAUUGGAGCUUUGCGCGGUCCAGGGGGGCCGCUGACUCUGCAGUUGCAUUUCUAUCGUGCCAGUCCACAUGAUGCGUGGAUUUGCUUUCAGCUGUUUGUAUUCAAGGGUGGCCCCAGAGAGCAACAGCAAUGCGGCCAGCCAAUCUUCUGCCGUUAG